AGUUAGAAUGCAACUGUAUAAAGCUUUUUCGUUUGAAUACACAGUUUUCUGAUUUUAAAUUAGUGUUCUGUUAUAUUUAAAACAAUUAUUAAAUAUAUAAUCCAGUGAUAAAUGUUUUAAGUUUUUGGGUAUAGUUACAAGAAUUUGACUGUAUUAAAAUGGACCCCACUAAAUCAAAACUGCCAAAAAAAUCUAAGAUUCCAUUGACAGAGGUUCAACAGAACAUGGUUAAGGCUGCACAAAUUGCUUCAGCUACUCCAAGAACCACUGGACCUUCCCAAAAUAGAAACAUACCUGGUACUGCCACAAUCUCCACAGCCUCUAACAGAAAUACCCAUGGAAAGUUUUUAAGAAGAUCUAGAUCCAUGGUAAACUUAGGGGCUAACCCCACACAUAAAAGAGUUGGAACUGAAUCUUCAACAAAACCAGUUUUUAAAAAUCCAAACAAUGUAGCAGGAAAUAUAAAAUCUACUCUUAAACGGGCAGCUACAAACAAACUAGAAACUAUUGCAGAACCCAAAGAAGCCAAGCAACCAAAAAUCGCAGCUUGGGAUUUCAAAGGAAAAUAUAAAGAAUUACAAGAAAAACAUAAAAAGCUAAUAGAAACCUAUUGUUCACUUAAAGAACAAUGUGCAGAUACCGAAGAAAUGAGAAAAAAUUAUGACGAAAUAAUUGCUAGAAAAGAUGGAGAAAUUAAUGAUUUGAAAACACGAUUAAGUAUCUUAGAAACUGAAUAUACAAACAUUAGUGCAAUAAACAUUAAUAUUACAACAAAAUGUAAUGAAUUAGAUAACGAAAAUAAAAUAUUAAAGAAUGAAUUGGGAAAUAGUAAUAAUAUGUGUGUUGAUUUAGAAACCACAAUUGAAAAAUUAAAAAGAGAUUAUAUGCUCAAUGAAACAUUGAAGAGGCAACUUCAAAACACAAUCCAAGAUUUAAAAGGUAAUAUUAGAGUCUUCUGUAGAGUUAGACCUCCGAUUAAUGAAGCUGAAAAUGAAAAAUCAAAAUGUUGGAUAAAUUAUGUAAAUGAAAGUACAAUAGAAAUUCGACCUACGCAGCCUCCCAAUACAACGCCGAAAUCAACGGAUCCCAAAUUGGAAUUUACUUUUGAUCAAGUUUUUCAGGAAAGUGCGACACAGGAAGAAUUUUUUGUAGAAUUAUCUCAACUAGUUCAAUCUGCUAUUGAUGGGUACAAUGUGUGUGUUUUCGCAUAUGGGCAAACUGGAUCUGGCAAAACUUAUACUAUGCAAGGCUCCGAGAACCCCGUGCACAUGGGAAUGAUUCCCAGAACUAUUAAUUUAAUUUUCGACACGAUUAAAGACUUGAAAAAUUGUAAAUGGCAGUAUGAGGUUACGGCCAGCUUUUUAGAAAUAUAUAAUGAAAAUGUAAGGGACCUGUUGGAUUCUGAUACAAAUCAGAACUUAGAAAUUUUAUACAAUGACGGACGAGGGAUAACAGUUUCUAAUUUAAAAGUUGAGAAGAUUUGCUCAUUUCGGGAUUUUGAAAAAUACAUGAAGAAGGCUCAAAAAAAUAGAGCGGUAGCGGCCACAGACGUUAACCAGCACAGCUCACGUUCGCACGCUGUUACGAAAAUCACUAUCAACGGGAAAAAUGAAGAAACCAAUGUAUCUUGGACUGGUUCUGUGAACCUAGUAGAUUUAGCCGGGUCGGAAUCGGCAAAGACAAAUCAAGGAGCUCGCCUUACCGAAACCAAAAAUAUAAAUAAGAGUUUAUCUACUUUACAAACUGUAAUGUUGUCAUUACACAAUAAAGAUAAACAUGUGCCGUAUAGAAAUUCUAAACUUACAUAUUUAUUACAAUCAUCGUUGGGAGGCAAUUCAAAAACGCUAAUGAUCGUCAAUAUUUCCCCAUUUGAGGAAACGUAUGGUGAAAGCAUAAAUUCACUUCGUUUUGCUUCAAAAGUUAAGGAGGUCAAAACCAAAAUUAAGAAAAAUAAAUGAAACCUGACUGAAUGGUUUAUAAUUAUGGAUGUACUAUGUGUAAACUGGAAUUUUUUGUAGUUAUAGUAAAUUUGUGUAAUAAUGUAUUUGUUUAUAUUGAACUGAAUUGAUGGAUAGUAAUUGAAAUUAUUUCUCUUUGAAGUUUGGGCUGUGACUGCGGAGACUUUAACAAAGUGUUUUAUUCUAAAUUUCAUCGAAACGUAGAAGAUAAAUAAUUCCAAACUAGUAUAAUCGUAUAGCACAAUGAUAACACUACACCACACUCCUUGAUAUUCAUUAAAUCCCUUAUUGUGGAAUUUAAGGAUUUUAGAGAUGUAUAAAGGGGCCGUUCAAGUAAUUUUUGAGAUUUUUUACUUCAGUUCCACCCAUGUAACGCACCGUAAAAUUUUUCAGUACCCCGUUCUCCCCACAUAAACGUUACGGGACCAAGUCACCAUUUUUUACCUAAAAGUAACAAUUAUGUUGCGAAAAGUAUCGGAAAGUUAGUAAAAUAACUUUGUUUUUGUUUUCAUCGCAUUUGCGAUUAUUUUUAUAAUUGAUUUCUAAUUCGGGCUAAUAAAUUUAUAGCUAAUCUUACAAUUUUUACAUUUUCCUUACUUUACCACAUCGUUAUAUUCCUACAUUUUUGGCAGUCUUACAAUUUCAUAUCUUAUUGCUCCCAUGCACUGUUUUAUUUUAACUUUUUUUAAUAAUAAACUCAUAAAAUAACAUACUUAUCUAUUUCCACAUAUGGCAAUACAAUUAGAAACGAAAAUAAAACAUUUUAUUCAAAAUAAAAUCAUAGUCUUAACAAAAAUUAUAUAUACAAUCACCAGAUAGAUAUCUUCUUCUUUCGGUGCCCUAUUAGGUUUCUCUAACGUUGGCAGUUACAUUGGUAAAUUGUUCACGGGUUUCGGCUAAUCAGAAUAGUUAUUCGGCAGUGCUUAUUCUUAUCCAAUCGCGAAUGUUUGUUUUCUUUGCGGCCUUAAAUUUUACGUUUCACGAUAAGCUGAAGGAUUCGGUACCGGUCUCCUCUAACUGGAACUUCACUUGAAAUAAAAUCUCGAGUUUGGUCUCAGGGUGUUCUCCAUUUGAGAUCACUUGCGUUCUAGAGAUGGACAUGGUAGGCUUGUUGGUGACUUUAGUUUCGAGACCAAGACAAAUGUGUGUUGACUUGAUAGUCAACAUAUAGUCCCAAUAAUAAUAGUGAUUGCAUUAGAUGUCACAAGAAAAUAGCUUCAGUACAAAUAUUAUAAUUAUUAAAAUGAUAUAAUUAUCAUUCUGAUUCCUAACUUGUGUAACUUCCUUUUUAUUUCUUUUGCAUCACAUUUAUUAAAUUUUGUGGCAAAUUCAUCAUACAUACUAAUUUUUUGCUCGAUUUCUGUAUAACUUGUGAUUAACAUUCCACAAGAAUUCCUUUUCUUCACAGAUAUUAAUUGAUUUCUAACAGAUAUUAAUUUCAAAAUUUCAUCAUCGAUCCAAUGUCGUCCACUUAUUUUUUAACAGGUCAAUAUUUACUUUUUCACUAAACACCAACCUGAGAAUAGUCUCAGCUCUUAUGGCAUAAACAGAAGAUUGGAGAUUAGAUCUCGACUACAGAAAUAAGCAUGUCUACUUGUGACAAGCACAGUCUCGACGACAAGUCACAACUUGUCUCUAAGACAAGUUGUGACAGACAUAUACAUUUGUGAGUGUAGUCUCGAGACUGUAUUGUCUCAUAUUUAAACUUAGCUUAAGAAUAUUCCGUAGGUAUGAAAUCUUUCUCAUUUUAAUAGUUUUUAGUAUUCGGAAAACUUAAAAGCCCUAAAGGCUAUCGCAUAACAGUGUUGUCAGCCUAUCUAAGAUUACUGAUCAGUUCAUCAUUGAUUUUCAUUCCAAGGUUAUAUUGCAAGGCCUGUUUGAAAAUUAUAUCCGAGUAUAUAUUAAUAACAACGGAGAUAAAUGCAUUUUUGUCUGACGCCUCUUUGAAUGUAUCAUUCGUUGGCAUUACAUUAACUCGUACGAUUGCUACCUGUAUAAGUGUUUUAUGAUACAAGAUCUCUAUCAUAUUCCUACCCAGCCCAUUCCUAAACCCAAAUUAGGUUUCAUAUAGGUCUUUGUGUUGUGGUUAUGUCGGGUCUUGUUUCUGAAGCAUAUGUCAUUGUUGGUCUUACAUCGACUUUAUAAAUUCUUGACUUCAUAUCAGUUUUAAUGUGUCUGUUUCGCCAUAUAGUGUUAUUAAGGCAUUCUGCUGGUCUAUUUGCUUUUUGUACUUGAUCUCUCACUUUUUGUCCAGAUCUCAAUAGCUGGACCGUGUAAUUCCAAGGUAUUUUAUUUCCAUUACUUGUUCAAUACUGAUGCCACGAAUUUCUAUUUCAUUCUAGUUAUUCCUUAGAUAUUUCUCAACAGUGGCAUAUACAUCUUUAAAAAUCUUAACUAGAGCACUGAUGUGGUCCUUUUGUAUAAUAUUUAAGAGUUCAGCCGGUAUGUUGCCGGGUCUACUUGCAUGCUUGGUUUUGACUCAUUUUAUUGCAUGAAGAAAUUCAGCUUUUAAAAUUUGAGGUCCUUCUUGCUCUUUACAUUGCUGUGUAUAUUUGGCCUGUUAUCUUUGAAUAAUUUAGUUACUCCAUGUUUUAAGUAUUUCUUUUUCAUCAGUGAUAACUUUUCCUGCAAUAACUACUAGAUUAUUAGCGUUUUUCUUAUUAUACAGACCAGUAACUUCACGAACUUUCUUGUGCAUAUUGAACAUGCCAUGGUUCUUUUAUAAUUCACCCAUUUCUGAUCAUCUAUUCAUCAUACAUAUUUCUUGAGAUACAUAUCUUUUGACAAAAGAAAUUAUAAGAGAUCUUAUUGAAACCCUUCAGUGGAGGCGACAGAUAAACCGACAACCUUACAAGAAGUGGUGAAACCUUGCAUGAUCUUUUAUCUAACUGUCUAGGUACCACGAGCUUGCUUAGAAUUUGUUUCAGAAAUAUAUCGAUUCAAGGGCGUGAGGGCUAUAUAAUGCCAGAUUUGGUUCUGCUGGAUCCUGCAAACUUUUUAUAUUCCACCGAAACAUAGCAGUUAUCAACUUUCGUGUGUUUUUUUUUUCAACUUUUGAUGAAAUUACAGUAUGAAUUGACUUUAACAGCACAAACUACAGCAAUUUGUUUCUGUGUAUGGGAAAACAAAAUAAAAAGGACGUACAAAAUAGUCGAAGGAUUCCUCGUAAAACAUACAAAAUAACAAUAUUGUACACUACAAUCGAGGGAUUUCUCGUAAAACGUAAACGAAAAGGAUUGCCAACUUAAAAAACACCGUAAAUUUUACUGAAGUCACUCCCCUAAAUUGCGUUACGUAAUACUUGAAUGACUCCCAAUGAAAAUGUACGGGACCUGUUGAAUUCUGAUACAAACCACAAUUUAGAUUUUAAUAUGAAGACGAGAAACAACAGUAUUAAAUUAAAAGUUCCUUUUUUUGGAAAUUUUAUUGAAGAAAAAUGAACAAUCCAAUUUAUCUCGGACUGGUUCUGUGAACCAUGUAGAUUUAGCCGGAUCAUAAGAGUUUAUCCACUGUACAAACUUUAAUGUUAUUAUUACACAAUAAACAUGUGCCAUAUAGAAAUUCCAAAGUAACUCAUUUAUAUAAAUCCGCGUUUGGAGGAAAUUCAAAAACGCUAAUGAUUGUCAAUAUUUCUCCAUUUGAAAAAACAUAUGCCGAGAGCAUCAGUUCAUUUCGUUUUGUUUCCAAAGUUAAGGAAGUCAAAUCUAAAAUUAAAAGAAAUAAAUUAAACCUGGCUGAAUGAGUUAUGUAUUAUUUACAAAUUGAUUUUUUUGUAGUCAUAGUAAAUUUGUAAAAUAAUAUAUCCGUUUAUAUUAAACUGAAUUUAUUAUUUCAAUUCACUUCGUUUUGUUUCCUAAAUUAUAGAAGUCAAAACCCGUAUAAAAGAAGUAAAACAAACCUGUUGAAUAGAUUAUCUAUUAUUAUAUGUAUUGUAUGCAUGAUUAUAUAUUUAAAUUAAUGAUUAUUUUGUAUGUACGUAUCUAUAUACCAUACUUAUAUUUUACUGUACUGUAGUUUAUAUGUUUUGUUAUAGUAAAUUUGAAUUUUA